CUAUGAUCUAUUCUAACUCCUAAGAGCAUUCAACCGAUAGAUAGACAUAGACCAUUUAAGAAUAUUGAGUACUUCGUCAUAGCGGGUCAUCGUUUCAGCAUCAUUUUUUGUUCUUUCAUUUUAUUGUUGUUUGGGUGCCAAUAUUUGGUAGGAGCAAGGACGUGAAAACAAGCUAAGAAGGAGAACUAUAUAUUAGUGUCGGCGGGAAAUAACGUCAUGAAUAGUCGCGUGGAAGUGAUUGGACGUUUGGUUUAAAUAAUUUAUUAUAUUAUUAUUUUUUUCUACACGUGUUUUUCAUUUUAUUACAUAUUAGUUAAAAAGUACCACCCAAACAACUUAUUUUCUUUAAUAUGUUAUAAGAUUUUAAAAAUAUUUUUUAUACUUUAAUACAUUCCAGAGACGUGAAGAUAUGAAAGACCCUAAGAUGUUGUUAUUUGUUUUUGGGCUAUUCAUACAAACUUGUUUAGCGGAAAACGUAGAAACUACUACACACGAACAUAACACCGAUGCAAGUGAUAAGAAGGUGUCAAAAAGAGAUUAUUACGCACCAGAAUACAAUCAUGAUCAUUAUUCAUAUCCGGCUUACCGCUUCGAGUACGGUGUCCACGACCCGCAAACCGGCGACAUAAAAAAACAGUACGAGGAACGGGACGGGGACACGGUGCGCGGCUACUACAGCCUGGUGGAACCGGACGGUUCGAUCAGGUUAGUCGAGUACACGGCCGACGCGAAAAACGGUUUCCAGGCAACCGUCAAGAAGAUCGGAAGUUCGCAUCACCCAACCACAGUGACCCAUCACCUCAACACCGCUAACGCCCACCACGACGGUGACGGUGGAUACGCACCCAACUACCACGGCGGUGAUCGGGACUAUAAUAAUCAUCAUCUGCAGCAGCCGUCGUUGCCGACCGGCCACGACGGUCAUCAGUACGAGCCACCCGCUUACUCGAAUCACUACGAACCUCCGCAGCCACCUGCAUACAACGAUCACUACGAAUCACCAGUGCACGGUUACGACAAUCAUCAGUACCAACAUCAACAGCAACAACUGCCGGUCCAUGGUUACGACAAUCAUAAGUAUCACCAUCAGCAGCAGCAACUGCCGCCGUCCGCUUACAAUCAUUACGAACCGCCGCUGGUGCCCUCCGUGCACAAUCACUUCCAGUACCCGCCGUCACCCAUCGCGGCAUAUGAUCACUACGAACCGCCGCUGCAGGUGGUGGUUCCGGCCGGCCACGGCGAUCAUCACUUUGAACUACCGGCGGCGCAUCCGGAACCUGCUGACUUCGAACACGGAUCGCCGCUGCCACCGCUAUUCGCCGCCGGUCUGCCCACCGCCCACGGUGACUACGGCAGCGCGUCACCGGAAGAAUACUAUCCCGCACCCCUGCAGUUUCCGGCUACGUCACACGAGACCCACUUCGAGUGGCCUGCCAAGAGCGGAAGCAACGAUGACGACGACGGCCUCAGCGACGGCGACCCACAUCAUCGCGGUCACCUGCAGGACGAAUACCAAUUUCCUGCCGCCAAAGAACACAGUCAUUUACAAGGCUCCGCGGCCAAAGUGGCUUCUGGUGAACGGCCAGAGUAUCUGAGGAAGUAUUUCGAACCUAACUACCGGGGUCACGCAGCCGCCGUCAACAGUUUUUACGACGACGAUGAAUGAAGUAAUAUGUAUUUACGUGUAAGUUUGUGCGUAAAAUAAUAUUAUAGACGAGCUCACAACUUACCAACAUUAUAUUAUAUAUUUAUAUGUGGUACGACAAUAAGACAUAAAUGGUUAAGAUCACACAGUUUGUAUUGUGUUAUGCACACAUUUAAUCAAUUUUCGGAAACCUCUUUUGAAGUUUUGUGAGAAUUUAAAUUAAUAUUGAAAAUAUUUUCACUUCAAAAUAUAUACCUAUUAUAAUGUAUAGUUAAUUAAAAAAAAAACUUCUUGUAGAAGAACGGAAUACGAUACAAUUCAAUUAAAAUUAAAAUUGCGCCUAAUACAGUAAUACCUACUACACAACAUGUGCGCUCUCAGUGAAACCGAAGUCCAGGUUGUGGUCGGGCCAUGGCUAUUUUAUUUACAUCAUAAUUUUAUUAUGAGUAAAUGUAUAUUAGGGUACCUAUUUCUAUAUUAAAUAAUUAAGAUAUUGAGGCCUCAAAGUUUUGACAUUUCCCGACCACAUAUUAAAAACUUCGGCGCUUUUCCGUCGAAAUUAUAAUUACAGUAAUCGUUAAAUAUAUAAAUUACAUAUUAUGUCUAUGCCUGAUCUAAUAAUUUCUUUUCGUUUCAAUGACAUUAAUAUAUUUCAACGCCUCCGUCUCGAUUUUUUACCAGUCCGUUUUAUACUUUUAUAAUAUUCAUAUUUAAAAACGUACACUAAUAAGUGCAACAAUAAUUAAACGCAUAACAUAAAAAUAAGUUAUUCUAAACCUCCCACCCACUAGUUUAUUUUUCAUUACAUUUUUAAAAAUAAUUGUAAUGAGUACCUAAUUUAUUAUUAAAUUUAAAUACAUUAUUAAUUAUAUUUCUUCCAAAUAGUUGUCUAAAACUUACUCCAUCAGAAUUGAGAUAAUAUUUCAUUUUAUUCACAAUAAAUAAAUGUAAAUUCAAAAUUAUUAAGUUACAAGCUUGUAUGUUUUUUCGUCGAUUUGAUAAUAUGAAGUUUUUCAAACAUUUUCAGUGAUUAUUCUGGUUUACUCUACCAUACAAAUAAAAAACUAGUACGUCUAUUUUCACGAUAAGAAUUUUAUAGGAUUGCAUACAAAUUAUUAUUCCGUUAUUAUUUUGUGACACGCGCUUACCGUUUAUAUAGAUUAUGAAAAUUGUAGAAAAUACCAAAUCCACCAUCUGUAAAACUUUUUAAAAACAAAAAAUAUGUGGACGUGGAAAUGAGUAGACACAUACUUAGACGUUUAUUAUAUUAUAAUAUAAAUUAAAAUAGUAUUGAGUAAUGCAUUCAGAUUUAGGUGAAUAAAAACCCGGAGAAAAAAAUUUCCUAUUCUGGAGAAGGGUAAUCGCUAUGAUGCAUUAAUUGGAAAUUAAAAACCUAUUAGUCUUAUUUUCUGGGUCUUUUCUUUUAUGUAUUGGGUAUGUGAGCCAAAGAAAAUGUUAUAAAAAUAUAUAAUAUUAUAUAUCAUCUUCAAAAAUAGUACUAUCUUAAGUCGUGAUACAAGCUAAAAUGGCGUAGGGUUUUUACACCUGAAAUAUACAUUUAAAAUACUACCUAAUUAGUACCUAAUUAAUUAUAAUUUGAUCAUUUUUGAUUGUAUCCGACAUUCUCUGAAAUAAUAAUUUAUUUCAGCUAUAUUCACCCUUUAGAAACUGACACCACUAAGUAAUUGCUUAUCCGUUAUGCCUAUAUGCUAUACCAUAAAUCGUGGUUGAAAUAUACAAUGGUUAUAUUAUAUUUCAACCAUGCCAUAAAUCAUAAUGUACUUGAACUAUUUCUAGUAAUUAGAUUUUUUCGCAAAUAUUUAUCAAAUUUUCAUUGAAAAAACCAUUACCUAUUGAAGAAAGACAAUAUUGAAUAUGAUAUAAUAUAAUUUAAUUUAAAGUGAUGGAGACAAGAUACCUAGUAUGUAGAUAUGUAUUCCAAUGUUAUGUAAUUUGCGCUACAAUUGCAGUAAUUAUUUAAUUAAAACUGCAUAGGUAUUUUAGAAGAUUCACCAUACCUUAUAAUAUUAUAGACAAACUUUUACAGUUUUACAUGUUGUAUUUGAGUAGGUGCCUACUAUUUCGGCAUUUUGGAUUUCCUAUCAACUGUUUAUAUAAUUGUAUAAUGUAUUCUACAUUGUAUUAGCACUAUUAGGUACUUAUUCGCGGUGAUAAAUAAAACAUUCAUAUUUAAAUAUUUAUUAGUUUA